AUGAUACUAUUUCAUUUAUUUUUCUCUCUCUCUUUUUUUUUCUGUCUUCAUUCCAUUUCCUUUACUUUUCUUUCUUUUUCCUUCCUUUUUACGUUUCGAUUUUUUCAUUUAUUCUUCUUUUUUCUCUUUUUUCUACUUUCUAUAACUUACGUUUUUUUCUUUCAUUUUUUCUUCCUGUUUUUUGUGUCUUUUCUUCCUUGUUUUUCUUUGUGUCUUUUGUUCCUUUUCUUUGUUUUUCUCUCUUUUUUUUUCUUUUUACAUUUUUCUUUUUUAUUUCUUUAUUUCGUUUUUCUUCCUUUCUCCCUUUUCUUUCUUUCUUUAGUUUUUCUUCUUUUCUUUUUGAUUCCUGUUUUUAUCAUUUCUUUCAUUUUUUUUUUUCUUGACUUGUUUUCUUUCCUACUUUUUUUUUCCUUCUUUUUCCUUGCUUUCUUUUUAUCAGUCUCUAUCUCUCUGAACCUUUCUUUCGAACUCAAUAUUAAUUCUCCCCAUGUGCCCUCCCUAGCCACCAUUCUAGCUUGUCCUUCCAUUGCAUUAUCGCUAGAAUCCUUUUCUUCUCAUUCAACCGACAUUAUUAGUGUCAAAUCAAGUUCAGCUUCUAUUGCUAUUUUUCUUUCGUCUCUCAACCAAACAUAA